CUUAAAAUGGAGCAGAUGGCCAAUGAGCUACUACCGCCUUAUCAAACGUCCCAAUAUUGAUUCUUUCGCCCAUUCACCUCGCCCGCUCGACUCUGCGUUCCUGGCUUCCUCUCAAACAUUCUAUAAACUCAUCUUUUCGCGAGUCGGCUUGACACUCUUGGAAAAGAGAGACCAGUCGUUCUCAUCUAUCCCAUCAGCAAAUCCUCGGGUUUCUCAGCUAGCCACAGGUUUUGUUUGCCUCCGCGCUUCUUCUCAGUCUCUUUAACAAAUGCCUUUCAGUGAUUAUAUUAAGCCAGCGCGUUAAAGAUGUUCUCUACCACCUUUUCUGCCGUCUUCGAAGUGGAGGAGCUACUCCUGGCACUGAUAUACCAGUUAGAUGUACAAUCGAUCUUUCGACUGGGGAGGACUUGUAAACAGUUCCAGAGAGUUCCAAACCUUGCUUGGGAUGGCAAUACUACUUGGGGUCAAUUCAUGGACGACAAGGACAAGCUAAGAGAUAUAUUUGACCGCACCGGGGCAACCGCCACCGGAGGAGCGCUCAUACGCUUCCUGGGUCGGGAAGCACCUUCAAAAUGGUCAGAUUGGAAGAUUUUGAUUAAUCACUACGAACACGCGAAGGAGAUGGAGCAACUGUUCUUAGCUGAGGGUUUUAAGGCUGUUGAGCUCGACGAGCCUAUAGACUCAAAAUGCUUUCUAAUGGCGUGCAAGCUGACGAACCAGUGCCGGAAUGGUGGAAGCAGCGUGAUAAUCAUAACAUGUCACGGAAGCAACGAGCAACAGGCGGUGCUCAUGACUAAUAAUACGACGGAAGCUGUCACUCUGACUUCGAAACGAGUGGUAUGCAUGUUCCCUUCGCUCGGGUUAUUGCAUCAAUGUGCAUAUCCCUUUGAUGGUAUACCUGACCGAACAAGGACGAAUGGAUAUGAUUGUAUCGCGUCACACGUACUUCCUGGUCAAUACCCUCUGGCCAAAGCAACGAGGUCAGAGCUUGGUCGAAAGCGGUUGCUUGGUGAUGAGCAAUGCUUUAUCAUCCCGUUAUGUGCUGACCCAGGAGGAAAGAGUGUAUGGUCAAUGGAAAUUCGGCCAAAAGGAGGAGUGAUGUGGUCGUUUGAUGGAGGUACAGUGACUUCGCCAUGGCGAAGCGCGAAGUCCAUAAUGGCGAUAUUCCUACAGAGUAGGAAUGGGGGAGAAGCAUCACCGUCGCGGCUUGUUCGAUUGGUUGAACGCGGAGAUAAUAAUGCGAUGAUGCGGCUGAUUCAAAACAGAGCUGAUUAAGCGAGGUGGCAACGUUGACGCCGAAGACAACUACAGCCGUCCUGUGCUGUCACGUGCUGAAAAAUUAGGAGCUGUCCACUCGGCCGUGCAAGAUACGAGAGACUAUUCUUGUCAAACACCGACUACAUCACGAGGGGCCAGAAUAAUUCUGAAGAAUAUCACGACAUCCAGUAUUCAUGUUAAUGUACAUACUACAGACACCGGGCGAUACAUCCAGUAUUACAGAGGAGUCAGCAUAAAUGGUGAGCGAAUUCCUGAUCCUGAAGGGGACUUCCCUUCAUGAGAACGAUUCUGACUGUUCUGGUUUGAUUUUAACUUCGGAUCCGUAGUCGCAUCACAUAGCAGUUAACAAUUUGCAAGGUGCUGAUCAGUGAGAAGAGAAGGGGACUGCUCCUCUCUAUGUCAAGGUCAAGGAAGACUAAAGCGGCAAGGCUGAGCGAAGCCCUGGAGCCAGCGAGGGCUCCAGUGGCAAGAAUGAUAUAAUUUUCUCCAAUUCAGGACUUGAUUCUCGUCGCAUUUCCGUGUAAUAGAUAUAACCUUAGAGGCAGGCAGGUAGAAGAACGAAGACCCUUGUCGUGGUUAGUUAUCAUGCCACAAGAUGA